AUGCGUUCUGGCGACUUGCUGGUUGAAGUGAAUUCAAAAAAGCAAGCCCAGCAAAUAUUAAAAUUGAAAGCUUUAGCUACCAUUCCCAUUACAGUCAGUUCACACAAGUCAUUAAAUUAUUCUAAAGGCGUUAUAACCUGCGGGGAAUUGUUUAAUGUUCCCCUUGAAGAAAUAUCUGCAGAACUAAAACAUCAAGGUGUCACCAAUGUACAACAGAUCUCUAUACGGCGGGAUGGCCAAAUCCUCCCCACUAAACAUUAUAUACUCACUUUCCAUAGUCCAAGUUUACCAGAAUUUAUUUAUGCAGGCUACAUUAGAUUACCAGUGAGACAUUAUAUCCCUAACCCGUUGAGAUGUUUUCAGUGUCAGCGUUUCGGCCAUUCUAAGGCCAACUGCCGCGGGACUCUCACUUGCGCCCGCUGUGCUGAGAAAGGGCACGAUGGUCAGCAAUGUUCCGCACCUGAGAAGUGCGUAAACUGUGGUGGCAGUCACACUUCAUUUUCUAGAUCGUGCGAACGCUGGACACUUGAGAAAAAAAUAAUUACAGUGAAAAUAAAAGAAGCCUUAUCUUACCCUGAAGCCAGAAAGAAAAUUUUAUCUCAAACACCGACUCCCGGUUUGAGUUAUGCCUCCGCUGUACAGAAAUCAUUUUGCGUAAACUGUACGUGCCAGAAUUGUCUCAAAACUCCUAGCCAUUCUAAAACAAAUACAAAAACAUCGGAUUCCGAUUCUGAAUCAAACACCAACACCACUUUAGAAAUUCGUAGACCUGACAAGGCCUUAACAAAAUCAAAAUCAAAAUCUCAAAAUUCCCUGAAGUUGAAGCUUUCUAAACGUGGCCUCUCAAAAACAAGUUUGCCUUCUAAGUUAAAAUUGUCUAAAGGUCAGAAAUCCGUCGCCUUGGGACUUGCGACGCAGGGCAUAGUCCAAAAGGACUUGACAUCUAUUUUUGGUGAAGCACCCAAAAGUUCUGAACUCAUCGCGCUUCAUCCGUCUGAAGAAGAGGAUGAAGAAAUGAGUUGCGAUGUCUCGCAACACUCAAACACCGUCUCCAAUACCUAUAAAACCAAAAGAACCUCUUAA